CUAAGAAGUAUCUGAACUCUGCCACGAGUUCUUCUGACAACUGCUAUUGGACAACGGGCUCACCAGUUUAUACUCAGGUCCACUAAAAACACAUUCGCAUCAUGAUUCAAUCUUCACAACCACGUAAAAGGCCAACGGCCCAGCCCGAAGACUGGGAGGCCCACAAGGACUAUAUUCGCCACCUUUACCAUGAACUUGACAAGCCUUUGAAGGAGGUCGCGGAGAUCAUGCGCGCGAAAUAUUCUUUUCAUGCAACGUAUGUUACCCAAGCUCAACCUUUGGUGUAGUGAUGGGUCAUGGCUGGAGAAAGCUGUGUCGUUAUGUGGAAAUCAAUAGGAGAGUCGGCAGGGAACACUAACACAUCGCGCCAGUCAAAAAAUGUACAAAUAUCGCUUCCAACAAUGGGGACUGCGAAAAUACUUGAAUGCAAACGAGUAUGAACAAAUACGGUACAAGUCGGCCGUGGGCGGAAACGUCAGGCUGCCGGUGGUGCGAGGUCGCGAGCUGGGCUCGAAGCGAUUGAAACACUCCGUAACCACGGAGAACCGUCUUCGCCAGGUGCUGGUGCCCUCUCGCUCCCCGCUCCCGGGACGAAUCGACCCGCCAGAUGCCCUGCGCAACCUAGAGAACAUACUUCAUGCCAUGGCGGUCUACUCGAACGGUAAGUUCGAGAAGGGGGAGUGGGGGUUCACCAAUUACGACCCGGAAGAGUCGUUCACAUGUAGCUGGUGGCACGGCAUGGAUCUCAUGGCACGGAGGAUGCUCGAGAAACAUGACCUUGAAGCAAACUUCUAUCUUCUAGACAAGUGUUGUGAAGGUUACAGGACACUGCUGAGGGUCCAGGAUCCGUUACUCCUAUGGGGCACCUUUUUUGGCCUCAUGGAGCUGUCUGCCGUUGGAAAUGACAUCGCAAUGUCCUUUGCAAAAUUCGUGGUCGAGCUCUGUAGGAUCGAGUUGGGACGCUAUCACCCCAUGACAACUCUUCUGGCUAUUCUGAUGAAGAUAGGUAUCGGGAGUCCACGCACCUACCAUACAGUAGUCACGGUUUGCGACGCACAGUUCGAUGUCUUCUGCAACAACACCAGCCCGGGAGACCAGUUUUGGCCCCUGUAUGCACGACUUAUGGUAAGAUCUCUGGCGGGCGCUGACAUCACUAUGAGCCACGACACGGUGGCGAGACUGGAAAGUGUGAUACAAUGGAACAAUUACAAUCCCGGCCCGGAUAUGAGGAGGUACGAACGGCUGUUCACCUCGACCCGGUCGUUCCUCGCCAUCAUUUACAUCAGGGCCGGGAGGCACGGGGACGCGGCAUACGUUCUUCGCGAGAUCGAGGAUUGCAACGACAGAAGCAAGAACCCGAGCCAUUAUCUCGCGGUGAACAUUGCUGAGCUCCGGGGCAACAACGACGAGUGGGCAGGAAGAUCCACGAGCGCGGAGGAUCAUUUCAAAAGAGCGCUGACACUCUUGUCCGAGAUGAACCCGACCAAAAAGCGGCAAACCCGCCUCGCUGUUGCCUACAGGGUGCUGGAGAGCUUCUAUCAACGCAGUGGAAACGAGGAGGCUGUGUUGAGGGUGCGACGAGAGCAUAAUGACCAACUGAAGGCAGCCAUGAAUAGACCUACGGCCGCGAGAGUAGGCACUACUGAAUGCGACGGGUUCGGCUGCGGAGACUCUAGGCGGCUCGUUUGCUUGGCGUCGAUGGGCAUUCCACAAGGUCACGACAUUCAAGAUAUCCAAUGUUACCCGGGGUACCAGAUCGACCAGACCGUCCCAAAAUAGAUCGCCACACUAGAGCAUAGUGCAUCGGACAACAUUCCAUUUGCAAAGACAAGGAUUUUGACUUUGCGGAUAUCCCCAAAUGAGUGGUGGGCCAGACCGAGGAAUGAGCUAUAAGGUCUAACCAUUCGGGCUCAGCGG